GGGAGAGAGAGAGAGAGAGAGAUGGGGGGUUGGGGGGACAUCGAGCUGCAGCUGAACCACACUGUGGAGGCUGUGUGUGUUAAACAAAGCCAUCAACAACCUUCCCUUUAUUGUUGAACCUGGACAUGAUCCUCCGGAGGUCCCGCUCUGGUGUCGACGAGGAGAAGCCUCCUGCAGGAGGAGGGUCGUUGUUGUUUUUGUUGUUGUUGUAAAAUGGUUUGAUCUCCGCCGUGGACUCACAUCCAUCCAUUCGCUUUCUGCUGACGAUGAGAGGGAAGAGAAUGAAGUUUGCGGUUGCGGUGCUGUGGUUCGCCCUGGCUUUCCCUGGGAGAGCGACGACGCAAGCUCAGGAGGAUUUUGUGUCGCUGGCUGAGCUGGAGGAUUCCUUGUUGAGGAACCUUUUCAAAGGUUAUCAGAAGUGGGUACGGCCUGUCCAGCACGCCAAUGACACCAUCACCGUACGCUUCGGACUCAAGAUCUCACAGCUGGUUGAUGUGGAUGAAAAGAACCAGUUGAUGACUACAAAUGUCUGGCUUUGGCAGGAGUGGGUUGAUGUGAAACUGAAGUGGGAUCCAGAUGAAUAUGGAGGUAUUACUUCUAUCAGAGUGCCUUCAGAGACAAUAUGGCUGCCUGACAUUGUCUUGUAUGAAAAUGCGGACGGCCGCUUUGAGGGCUCCCUGAUGACCAAAGCCAUUGUGCGCUGGGAUGGCACCAUAACAUGGACUCCACCUGCCAGCUACAAGUCUUCCUGCACCAUGGACGUGACUUUCUUCCCCUUCGAUCGACAGAACUGCUCCAUGAAGUUUGGCUCUUGGACGUAUGAUGGAAACAUGGUGGACCUGGUCCUGGUGGAUCACUACGUGGACCGUAAAGACUUCUUUGACAAUGGCGAAUGGGAGAUCCUCAAUGCUACAGGGGUGAAAGGGAGCAGGAGGGAUGGGGUUUACUGGUACCCGUUCAUCACAUACUCGUUCAUCCUCAAGAGGUUGCCCUUGUUCUACACCCUCUUCCUCAUCAUCCCGUGCCUGGGUCUGUCCUUUCUGACUGUGCUGGUGUUUUAUCUGCCAUCAGACGAAGGAGAGAAACUGUCACUGUCCACAUCAGUGCUGGUGUCUCUCACUGUGUUCCUCUUGGUCAUAGAAGAAAUCAUUCCUUCAUCCUCAAAGGUAAUCCCACUGAUUGGAGAGUACCUGCUCUUCAUUAUGAUAUUUGUCACCUUCUCCAUCAUCGUCACUGUCUUUGUCAUUAAUGUCCACCACCGCUCCUCUGCAACCUACCACCCAAUGGCUCCGUGGGUAAAGAGCCUCUUCCUUCAGAGACUGCCCAGACUGUUGUGUAUGCGCGGCCACACUGACAGGUACCACUAUCUGGAUAUGGAGACCCACAGCCCAGAGGUGAAGCCCCGCAGAGGUGCAGGGAGGAAAGGUGUUCCUGGCCACAGUGGCAGCAGCCAGCAGAGAGGCCCACUCGGUGGAAAGGAGGAUGAGAACCAAGCCUGGCUGGCCAUGUUGGAGAAAGCCACAAGUUCAGUCCGCUACAUCAGCCGUCACAUCAAAAAGGAGCACUUCAUCCGAGAGGUUGUACAAGACUGGAAGUUCGUGGCUCAGGUGUUGGACAGGAUUUUUCUCUGGGCGUUCCUCACAGUGUCAAUACUAGGAACUGUUCUAAUCUUCACCCCUGCUCUGCAGAUGUACCUCAGCUCACCUUAAUAAACACACACAAACACUAUCUCACAAAUACUCUCCAGAAACCUCUCGUCUUUGUUUGUCUGUAACCAUAUUUUAUUAAUAAAACUCAAUAAAUGAUUCAUACUGUACAUUUCAAAUGUAGAAACAAACUCAAAACUACAAACGUUUACCUCCCGACAGUGCAGUUCACAGCCUGUAAUGACUAUCUGGAAACUGUAAUGUUAACAUGCAACUUGUCCUUCAUUUUUUAGGUGCAUGCACAGGAGUAUAAAAGGAGUGAAAGCAAUAAGCAGGUUAAAUUUGUGUGUAUGCUUUGAAUAUUCAUGUUUGUAUUGCUGUCACGUUAUCAUUAUACAUGCACCAACACGCACAAUGUCACUCCAUGACAUAAAGAGUUGUUUUGUGUGUCAUAUGCACCUUGUUGUCAAGCCAGCGGUACUUUAAUGUAUGUGCUGUGAACAUGUUCUAAAUAAAUAAAAAAAUCUGAUGUAUAAAAUCAAA